GGUCGGCUCGCGCGGAGUUUCAUUCAUGAGCGCCGGGGCUGCCAGCGGGGAGCGAGCAGUCGAGAGCGGUCGAACACAGUCCGCGCCUUCAGUGUGCGCCGAGCGAGAGUCCGUGCGACGUUUACCGGUCCAGCUAAGACGAGCGAUAGAUAGAGAUAGAGAGACAUAGAGACAUAGAGUGAGCGAGCGAUUGGCACGACGAGGAGCACCAGCCGGCGAUGCACCGCCGCUGACGCUCGCACCCGCGAUCGCGCGACAGUGAAGCGUCUUCGUCGGGGGGCGCGCGCGCCCUCCCCCAGGUCCUCCGCGAGCAUCCCGGGCUCGUCGACGUUCUCACGAGGAAGUCGAGGCGAUCAGCCGUCACCGCCACUGCUGCCACUGCCGCGCUCGUCGCCAAGGAGAGAGUGGGAGAAGCGAGGAGCGGGCCACUCGCCGAGCGAGGAGAAUCGCCGGAGCCGCUUCAGAGAACAUGGAUAUGGAAUCAUUGUAUGACUACGGAGAAGAGGAACAAGACUUUUACGAAGAAACUCCUGGUGCAAGAAAAGGAUAUCCUAUUGAUCACAGAUCCAUAAAACGGGAUGCGCGCGGCGUGGGUGGCUUGCUGGGCUGCAGCAGCAUCGCCGGCGGCGGCAUAGGCGGCAUAGGCGGCAUGUCCGGCUCGGGCGUGAUGAUGAUGAUGGCCAAGUACAUGAAGCAGGAGCUGACCUCGGACGCGGAGGAGGAGGGCCUAGUGCCCAACAUUCCCGGCCGCUUCGCCGGGGCCUUCGCCAUGCGCAAGGUGCCUUCGCUCUCGGACCUCUCCGAUCCUGAGAGCUCCCUUGGUAAGUCCCCAUCUUAUCUUAACGGAGUCGAGGUCAACGGGAACCCCCAGGAUAGCGGAAAUGGCUCGUCUAGUAGUCCAAGGGCCGCUCUAGCCGUGGCGGAUGUUGCACUGGCAGUAAAGAGGUAG